GUGGAUGCCGACGAUGUCAUCACCAAGGAGGAGCAGAUCUUCCUCCUGCUGAAGGCCAAGGCCAAGUGCGAGCGCCACCUGAAAGCCAAGGUGCCCAAGGUGCACGGCCACGCUUAUCGCCGGUGUGACCUGAACGGGAGCUGGGAGCUGGUCCCGGGCAACAACCGCACCUGGGCCAACUACAGCGAGUGCGCCAAGUUCCUCACCAACGAGACGAGGGAAAGGGUGGGCUGUAAAGUAGCUGUCACCUUCUUCCUCUACUUCCUGGCUACCAAUUACUACUGGAUCCUGGUGGAAGGGCUCUAUCUCCACAGCCUCAUCUUCAUGGCAUUUUUCUCGGAGAAGAAAUAUCUCUGGGGAUUCACAUUAUUUGGCUGGGGACUCCCUGCUGUGUUUGUCACAGUGUGGGCCAGCGUCAGAGCCACUCUGGCCGACACAGAGUGUUGGGACUUGAGUGCUGGCAAUUUGAAGUGGAUUAUUCAGGUGCCCAUCCUGGCAGCUAUCGUGGUAAAUUUUAUUCUCUUUAUCAAUAUUAUCAGAGUCCUCGCCACCAAGCUCCGAGAGACGAAUGCAGGGAGGUGCGACUCGAGACAACAGUACAGGAAGCUGCUGAAAUCUACCCUCGUCCUUAUGCCUCUGUUUGGCGUUCACUAUAUUGUUUUCAUGGCUAUGCCAUACACAGACGUGUCAGGGAUUCUUUGGCAAGUUCAAAUGCACUAUGAAAUGCUGUUCAACUCUUUCCAGGUCCAAGCAGAAAUAAAGAAGUCAUGGAGCAGGUGGACUUUAGCACUUGACUUUAAAAGGAAAGCCCGGAGUGGGAGCACAACCUACAGUUAUGGACCAAUGGUUUCCCACACCAGCAUCACAAACGUAGCCACCCGAGGGGCGCUCGCCCUCCACCUCAACACGAGACUUAUUCCAGGGACCCUCAACGGCCACAGGAAUCUGCCAGGUUAUGUGAAAAACGGCUCCAUUUCAGAGAAUUCCAUGCCUUCCUCCGGCCCCGAGCAGUACAACAAGGAUGAGGAAUACCUGAACGGCUCCGGGCUCUACGACGGAGACAGACCCACGGUCCUGGUGGAAGAGGAGAGAGAGACAGUGAUGUAAAGACAGGAGGAGGAAAGGAAAAAUUCGGCCAAAGGAUGGGGGAAAAAAAAAAAAAAUGGUUCCUGGAGAGCGUUUAGUGGGAAAAGACCAUCAGGCCAUGCAGCGGAUUCCGAGCGUUUCCAUGCAGCUCCUCUGUUCUGUGGAAUGAGAGAUUAAGUUAUUUGGGGAAACAAAAAAAAAAAACAACAAAAAACCAAAAAGUGAGCCACCAGCGUGGCCAGUGGGCGAUGCCAUCCGUGAAUUCCGUGACCCACGUUCUCCUGGUGACAACAGAGCUCUCCAGACCUGCUGGACACCAGAGACCUGCGUGGUCCUCGGGUCCCUCGGGGAGCGUGGGCGGCCGAGGAGGACGGGAGCGUCCCCCAGGAAAGCAGGAGGCGUGCAGGGAGGGUGCAGGGCCAUGGUCCUGGGAGGGGACAAGCCAGCCUGGGGGGGCAGCGGCUUGGGUUUGGUUUGUUCUCUGCCUGUGGAUCUGCCUGGUGACACACACGGGGCUGGGAAAGGCCCCGCCAUCCGUCGGUCGAAGGUUGCGUUGGGUACAGCCAUGCCCAUGUUCUUCUUCCCUUGGGAAUUCUCGCUCUUUGGAAAAUGCUCCUCUGGGGUGGGGAGGGUUAACAGCUCAUGGAGAUAGCCAGGGAUUGUCCUCUCCUUUCCCCAAGUCCUGGGGACAAGGCAGGAACUGAUACAAUUUUAGGGUUGGAUGUGGGAGCCGGUACAAUUUUAGGGUCGGAUGUGGUUGUCGGAAUGUGCGGCAUUCCCGCUCUUCCAGAGGGGCAGGUGGAGAGGGAACCACCAAGGGCACGGAAUUUGCACAUCCCAGAGGGGUGAUUGUGGCCAAAAUCAGCUCCCAGGGGGGAUAACUCGGCCCUGCCUUUUUGUGGGUGCUCCUGGAAAGCAGCUUCCAUCCUUUCCUAAAACCCGGGAUUGCUCCUCGCUCUGCUCUCUGAAUGUCCUGUCCGUGGAAUUCUGGAAUGGUUUGGGUUGGAUGGAAGCUUAAAGGUCACCUUGUUCCACCCCCUGCCAUGGCAGGGACA